UGGCUUAUCAAAUUUUAUACAUUUUGUUAAGAAGUCAAAUAUAAGCUGAAAAUUAGCAUAAACAUAAGGAAAAUUAUUAAAAAUUCGAUCUCCUUUCAAACGCGCGUAUCUAAGCGCACAAAAUGCAGUGUGCACUUUAGGUAAAAUAUUAAAGUUAUAGCUAUUUGAUAAUAUUAUUACUUUUAACACAAUUUUAUGAACGAUACGUCCAUAUAAAAAGGAAGUUUAACAAACGUUUGAAUAUUUCGAUUGGAAUUGAGUGAUAUGUAUAACGAAAUGAUCGUGUUUAAAGUAUACGUCGUAUGUAUAUUACAAGUGCAUACAGCUUAUACUUGAGUUAAGCAUAUAUACAAUAACAUCUUGUACCUUAACUUAUUUGCAUUUUUAGAUUGUGAUCAUGGAAUGAUUAAAAAAAAAAAAAAAAGAAAAGAAAAAAUAAAAAAAAAAAACAAUGGAUGGUUGUAUUGUAUAAUAUUCUAUUUUUUAAAUAAUGUAUGAGGAUGUUAGAUUUUCUCGAAGAGUAUUGUAAACGAGCAGUUAUUUUCUUGUUAUUUCACAAAAAAAAACUUUAAUAUCUGUGCACAAAAAAUAUGUAUUCUUUCAAAAAUAUUGAAAAUCAUUAUUAGCUUUAUUUUGAGAAACUUGUAUAAAACUUAAGUGCAAUUGGAUUAUAGUACAUAUGUUUAAAUAUAUAUGCUCCUUUAAUAAAAAAAAAUUUUUAUGUUGUUAUAUCGCAUUAUAUCAUAUACAGUAAAUAAUUAUUCAGCAAAUGUGAUAAUGUACAUUUGACAAUGAAAUAAGUAUUAUUUGUUAUAAAUUGUAACAUGAUGUUUUUAUAUUAUUUAAAUUACUAGAAGGAUUAUCUUAAAAUCUUGUAAAAAGUUCAAUUCUUAUAAUAUUUCUUUCAUUUCCUAAAGUUAUUUCAUUCUAUAAUUAUUAAUUGAUAUUUCAAAUGAUUGUGAGAGUAUACGUAAUAUUUUUUUGCAUCACGAACGAAAAUAUUGCUUUUACAAUUAAAUGAUAUUUAAUGCAUUAACGCGAACGGCAGGUGGUCUUGUAUUCUCUCAAAGACAUAUUUGAAUCCUUAUUACGUAAAAAGUGUAUUUCUAAGUUUCAAACACGAUAUGUAAUCAGUUUUUUUAUUAUAAGAUUGUUAUGGAAGUAACGCAAAUGACAAAUCAUGCAUUUACCUAAGGAGUGCUUAGGCUGUGAAUGUAAUGGAUUAUUAAAGGAUUUAUUUGUAUAUAAAUAAAAAGUUUCCUUAUCAAAAUAAUCGGAGUAUAAUUGUGACGAUAAUAAUAAUAAUAAUAAUAAUAAUAAUAACAACAAAGAAAAUAAUAAUAAACAAUAUAAAUGUUACCAAAAUAAUAUUAUUAACACGUUAAAUUUAUUCAUGUAAUUAAAGAACAUAAUCAUUACUACAGUACAAUUUACUAAUACACAUAAUCAUUUUAUUAAAGAAUAGCUACCACUUUUUCAUCUGCAAUAUCUUUUGGUUUCAUACCAUCAUUAUCUUCUAUAGACUCAGCCCCCAUGGAAAGUAAAUAUUUGAUCACAUCUAUAUGUCCGCAUGAUGCCGCAUAAUGUAAAGGUGUUUGACCAUCGACAUCUUUGGAGUUAACAUUUGCACCGUGUUGAAUCAAGUAUUCAAUGAUCGCAACAUGUCCACGAUCUGCUGCCCAGUGUAUAGGUAACAAACCAUCUUCGUCCAACAUAUUUGUUAAUGUAGAAUUUGUUAAUAAAAUUUCUUGUACUUUUUCUUUAUGACCUUCUUUGACCCAAUCAAGAAAUGUUUUAUCCGUAUCAAGUAACUCUCCUUCUGUAUUAGGCAACCUACUAACUGUGGUCCAUGCACGUGAUUCCGUUGCUACAUCUGUUUCCCAAGUAGGAUUUAUUUUGUUUAACGUGCAUAUAUAAUUGUUCAUUGCAGCUUCCUGAUCCAUUUCACCAAGACUUUUCCAUGCUUCCCAUUUUUGCUUAGCCUGCACUUGAUACCAAUUUGGUUUGAAAAUGUUGCAAGGGCCAAUGGUAGCUUGUUUGUACAGACUAUAUAAAUUAAGUAACUGUUGAGAAUCUAAUUCUGAUGCUAUGGUUUGUACAUAUUUUGUUGCUUUUUCAAAUGUUUUUUCUAGAUCUGUUACAACAAAAUCAUUAAUUUCAGCCAUGAUCGAUGGAUAUGUAAUAAUGAAUUUUUUCAAUUUCUUUUAAUCAAAAUUUGUAUUCUUUCACUUUUACAAUGUAAUCAUCUAUCAUAUGGUGCGGUUGCUGUAAUACUUUAUCAUAUGCUGAUUUAUCAAUAAAUUGGAUAAAGCCGUAUCCCUUACUAAACCCCGUUUUCCUGUUAAAAGUUACAACCGCCUCAUGUAUAUAACCAUAUUUAUUGAAAUAUUCUUUAAGUUCAUGUUUACUUACAGUCCAUGGCAAGUUAUAAACAAAUAUCUUAUAUAUUUUACGUACAUUACCCAUGAUAUUAAGAAAUAACUCAAGUAGCUUUUUGUAUAUCUAGCAGGUGGAUAGUGUGAUCUUGCAUCAAUUCAUGUAUAUUAAUAUCAGAAUCUGUACCAAGAGUAGAAAGUGAUAUUUGAUUACAUGUAAGACCCCACUUGGUCAAUAAAUGUUCGAUAGACCAAUCGGCGCUACGCUCUUGAUAAGUACAUAGAAAUUUUGCAUUUGGAUUCUUUUCUAAUAGAAAGGCUACGGUGACAACAAUAUCUUCGAAUAAAGUUGGUUCAUAAAAACAGUCAGAUCCAAGAAUUAAAUCCAACGGACCAAUGGUAAAUAAACUGGAGAGAAAUAAACCCCAGGUAAUUCCGACUAUUCUAACUUGAGAUAAAAUGCCAUUUAAUUCGCAGCUCCUUUUAAUAUGUUGCAAGCUUCUUGGCAAAUUGGCAGAGUCGCUUAAAGUUACAACAGCGCCACAUUUACUGGCCAAAAUACCAGGAAGAGCAGUACCAGAACCCAAUUCUAAAACUCUCUUUCCGAUGAGCUCCUCUCUAUGCUCCCACAAAAACCAGGCAAGAACCGGUGCAGAAGGCCAAGUGUAAUAACUGUAAUUUGCUUGCAGUAACUGUAAUGAAAUAAAAUAACGUCCAAUUAUAAAAAAAAAAAAUUAAAUAUGGAUAAGGUGAUAUUAGGAAGAUUAUAUUAUUUCAUUUUUAUUUAGAUAUUAUUUCAAUCGGAUCGAUUAUAAAAAGAGAUUUGUAUAAAGUUAUCACCGUACCGUUCUAACCAAACAAAGUACGUAAUACCGGUAGCGAAAAAGAAAUUUAUUGAUAUUAUCGAUAUAAUAUCGAUAGAAAUUCAAAUUGGAAAAGGAAUUUCUUACCUCUGGUAUAUAAAUUUCUAAACUUUCGUCGUUCUGUACACUCUCGUGUAUUUUUCGCGAUCGGAAGAGAAAUUUUUUUACUUGUUCAGAAGCGAUUCCAUCGGACAUUAGGCCGUGCGUGGGUGGACUCGUAUCGAGCGAAAUACUUCCUUCUAAACCUGGCAUUACUAACAAACUAAAUUCUUAUUAAUUAUAUUUUAUUUUCAACAUAAUUAUCGAGUGAUUGGUGUACAUCCAAUUUUUAAUGCGAUGCACAGAAAGGAACGUAGUCGGUACAAUAAAUAUAGUUUCUCUCUUGUCGAGAGUUGUUUUCGUUUGUCAGGCAACGGUGACUAAAAAUCACACCGAGGAGGAAAUUUAAAUUCUAUCGUGCCUCGUGUUUUAUCUUUUAAACUUUUAUCCACUUCUUCCUCGUAAAUUUUAUUAUUACCAUUUUUCAUCAUUUUUAACGUACGUUAUUAGAUAUUUCUAUUAAUCGAUAUAUCAUUAAUCCUAUUGAUACUUGACAAUUACGUAUCCGCACUUAUGUCGCAAUGCUAAUUACUCGAAGGAUAAAUUCUUUGCUUUUUAAUUUAGAUAUUAUUUAAAUGACCAUAUUUUAUAUUGCCAAUUAAUUUCCACAUGAAUUUCAGAAUUUAUCAUUAAUCGUGUAACAAAAAAAAAGAAAAAGAAAAAAAAAAAAAAAGAAAUACAUUUAAUCAGAUCUUUAUUUGGGAACAUUUUUAUGAAGUAACUUGUUUAUGUCCGAUUACAUGGGCCUCCAGACACCUUGAUACACCACUGUUACGCACCUUUUGAUUAAAGAUGGAGGAGCCGAGUAACGAGAAGUUCUUGUCGAGAAGACGUUCCGCUGUAAUUAAAUCUUUUAAAGUGAAGGAUGAACGAGUCGCUACUUUCAAAAAGGUGGCUGCGAUUCUGCAAAAACCUGAAAUUGACAGAACGCCGGAGGAGGUGGAUAUACUCGUCUCUUGUAGUGACGUAGUGAAGGAGGUUAAUUUAAGACAAGAAAAAAGGGAUAGGGUUAAAGCAAGAUUGGAAGAAAUUGAGGAUGUACCAGAAAUUUUGGAAGAAAAAUGUAUUAGAUUGGCUGCUGCUAUUAGCAGAGCUACUUCUCUUGCCGUUUAUACGGGCGCUGGUAUUAGUACAGCGGCAUCUAUUCCUGAUUACAGAGGAACAAACGGCGUAUGGACCAGGAUGCAACAGGGAAAGGAUAUCGGGAAUCAUGACUUGAGUCAGGCCGAGCCAACGUUAACACAUAUGGCUUUGUACGCCUUAUAUAAGGCACGUGUAUUGAAACACAUAGUAUCGCAGAAUUGUGAUGGACUUCAUUUGCGCAGUGGUAUACCUCGUACCCUUCUAUCCGAAGUUCAUGGAAAUAUGUACGUAGAAGUAUGUAGAACUUGUAAACCAUCUAGAGAAUAUUGGAGGAUUUUUGACGUUACGGAAAAAACAGCUAGAUAUUCGCACGGAACAGGCAGAUUAUGCCACAAAUGUAAUUCAAUUCUGCAAGAUUCUAUAGUACAUUUUGGCGAAAGAGGAAAUUUGCCAUGGCCAAUUAAUUGGAAUGGUGCUACACGGGCAGCCAAACAAGCCGACGUGAUAUUAUGUUUGGGUUCUAGUCUUAAAGUUUUGAAAAAAUAUCCGUGGCUAUGGCAAAUGGAUAGACCAGUACACAAACGUCCUUCAUUGUAUAUCGUUAAUUUACAAUGGACUCCGAAAGACGAGAACGCUGUUUUGAAGAUAAAUGGAAAGUGUGAUGAAGUUAUGAAAAAAAUCAUGGCUCACUUAGGAUUGGAUAUUCCGCAAUACAAUCGUUCAAAAGAUCCGAUAUUUUUUCAUGCUAUAAGACUGCAGACGAGUGAAUUACCGACGACGACCCAGCCAUGCUUGGAGGAGCCUGUAGCAGCGACUGUGAAAAAGUCCCCGCGCCAAAGUACCGAACAAUCUAUCGAGGAUGCCGUACCAGAAACUAAAGAAACAGAAGACUGUAUCACUCCUAUAAGCGUAACCGAUUCUGUGACUGCCUAUUCUGCACCUUUCUUUACUGCAUUGCCUUUUUUAUCUAUGGGAUUACCUUUCCCUCCUAUGUACAUGUAUCCUCAAUUAACUCCAUUAUUUUAUUAUCCAUUCAUACAAAUACCCAAUGUUACGACAGAGACACCAAAACCUAAAGCAGCCUGUUCGUUUUGUAUGGAACACGAAGGGUCCCUUACUUGCCUCUAUUAUCAGCGCGACGGAGACGAUCCCGUAUCAUUAGAAACGGAAAAUGAACAUAUACAGGAAGCGGAGCAAUUAGUUAUCGCCGACGCGCCACUGGCAUCUGCAAAAAAUCCUGGAUGGUUUGGGAAAGGUUAUCGCAAAGGUAUGAAAAAGAAGCGGUAGCAUCCACUCGUAACAGAACGCCACGUAAUGAUUUCCCUUUUUAUUAUUAUUGUACGCUAAUAAGAUAAUGAAUAUUACAAUGGCGUACUUAAGUAUUUAAAGUCUUCAUAUCGUAAAAAAAUAUACUUAGAAAUUUUUCAAUGUAGCGAUUCCGUUCGAAUGUUCAACGCAUGAAUAGAUUCGUCGAGAUUAUCAGUCAGUUUUAAAAUUAUAGAUAGACGUAAUCUCUUUGAGAUUGCUUUUCAUGUUCUUAUUAAUAAGAAAUCUUAGUCAUCUAUAGAUGAUCGAAAUCGAUGCUGAGAAAUUAUUUUAUUAUCGAUAUCAGUUAUUUGAUUCUUUUGCAUUAAGUAGAGAUUUUGAAUAACCGAUUCUAUUUUAUCAAUCAAAUUUGACGACUUUUCUGCACUGUAUUAUUAUUUAUAUUUUUAUUUUACAAUUUUAUUUUUUAUUUCGAAAUAAGGAAACGAAAAUAUGUGUAACGCUUCAGUAAAUUAUCAUCGUUUAAAGUUCAAUAUUAUAUGGUAUAAUUAUUAUUCAUUAGCGAUACGUUGAAAUGGCAAGAAUUUGUUAAACUAGUCUUUGAUGCAUUUUAUCUUAUUUUUUAAUUAUUUUUUUCGUAUUGCAUAAAGAAUAUUUAAAAAUUCAAAUAACAAAAAUCAAAAUGAAUCUUUAGACGAAGAUCAAAGGAAUUUCGAAAGCAUAACACAUGAAUUAAUUUGCUUUAAUGAAAAGAAGAAAAGCGCUAAACUCCUCGGAGAUAUAUAUA